CUAAAAUAAAAGGUUGGGCUGAAUCGACUUCCGGGUUGCUACGUAGGCGCUUGGCGCUAAAAUCUCAAACGUCUUUCAAACAAACGUUCGCUGGAACUAGAACGACCAGCCAACAUGGAGUUUUCAUCCAACAACGGGGUUUGGGAUGCUCUCAGGGUUCUGGAUGUCCAGUCGAGAAACCGCACUGCUCAGGCGCAACAGCCGCCUCCAGUCCAGCUGCUGCGGAGGAAGCUGAAGCAGCUGACGGAGAAGAGAGACCAAUUGAAAGCAGAGAUUCAGACGCACAAGAAGCUACAAAAAAUAAGGACACGAUUGGACAGUCGAUGCGACGAUGAGGGGAUGGAGGAAGUCUCAGAGAACUCUCCUGUUCUAGAGCUGAUUGCCUCACAGACCCGGCUCAAAGACCUUCUGUACGCUCAUCACAUAGUUGGUGGCUAUGACAUCAUGAAGACCGAGGAAGGUAGAGGUGUCCGUGUGUCUCUGGCUACUGCCUAUGAAGGGACAUACAUGGACACGUACUACCUGGAGAUGAGGCUGCAGCCCACUCUCCGGAUCCAGCGGCACAACAUCCCACCUUUCAUUCCUCUGAACAGCAUCGCAGAGCAGAACAUGGAGACGGACAUGCAGUUAUUCCUCAGCAUCCUCAAUCAACAUCUCAAUGCCUUCGCCGGCCGCAAGCAGCAGCUGAAGCUUGUCAAGGAGCUCCACAAAUCUGUUGAGGUGCUGGAGAGUAACCUUCUGUGCUCCAUUCUGGUGCUGGUGUUGCCUCUGGUUGGAGAUGAGAACGGCAUGCUGUGCACACUGGACUACUCGGACCACACCAAGUCUCUUCCGACACGAGUCACCUUUGACUGUGAAGACAAGGAGCUUCCUGGUUCCCCGCAGUGGAAGAGGAACUGCAACCUACUCAUGGAAACUCCAGUCCACAAGGCCCUGACUAAGAUGAAGACGAUGAGGGACAUCUCUGAGUAGCGGUCCAUUUCAAGAAGUUCAGAAGACCUGAUCUCCACUCCAAGAUCCUGUUAAUCCUGAUCGUCUUCAGAUGUUUCAUCUGUCAGUCUCAAGUACUUCUCUUGGAGCUCCUCUAUGAAAGCACUCACCCUCUGCUGUAAAGUUUGCCUCUGCACCUGCUGCAGCCUCUCGGCUUCCUCUCGAGCGCGCUCCUUCCGUCUCUCCUGCUCUCUCUCUGAGAUGGAGUCAAUGGCUGCGAUGACUCUCACCUGCAGCAGAGACAUGCCUCUGUGUCGGGAGGACCUCUGUGUUUGGCAAGGCGGCGCUGAGACUGAACGACAUUGACCCUCACUGAGUGUAUUGCUGUGAUGUGUGUGGCUCAGAAGGUGCUGACGAAGGUCUUCCAUGGCCGUGACGGCCGUGGCUCUCGGCUCGCACACUUUGACCCACCGCACUCUCAGCUGCUCGGUUUUCAGCAAGUCUCUUCUCAGGUGCAGCGUCUUCCGGACAUGUCGGAACUGCUUCUCCAGGAGGUCCAGCUUGGUGCGCAGAUCUCGCUCCUCCAUUUGAUUCAACAGGUUCAGCUUUCUCUGCAGCGCUGCAGUUCUGCAGACGUGGUCCAUGCUCACCAUCCCUGUUUACAGUCGCGCCGCAGUGUGCUGCCAUGGUUCUCUCUCUGUUACAACACCAACGCCCAUUGUAUUAACAACACAAUUGCUAGCAACUUGCUGCUGGUAAUCGCACACUAAAGCAUCACAUUUCAGGGUGAAAAGUCCUUCCCAACAAUCCACUAAUGUCUGUGGGUCAACACAAAUGAUUAUAUUUUACUGCCGUUUCAUAUGACGUUGAAGUUAUCAUCCGAAGUUAUGGUCUUAUGGUGACCUAGUUAUUCUUAGAUUGCCGCUGCAGGGAAUGUAGCAGUGUUUUUGCAUGGACACCUUAGCCCUUCAUCAUCCUCGUCCUCCUCCUCCUCUCUGUGACAGGUUUAA